AUGUCUUGGCAACAAUAUGUCGAUAACAAUCUCAUUGGCACUGGUCAAGUGUCCGAAGCUGCUAUCUAUGGUUUGAACGGUACUCUCUGGGCCGCUUCUGCUAAUUUCAAGUUAUCUACCCCUGAAAUCAAUGAACUCAUCAAGGGCUUCAGUGACUCUGAUGCUAUACAAGCCAGUGGAAUCCAUAUCAAUGGUAUCAAGUAUCUUACUCUCCGAGCUGAUGACCGUUCCAUCUACGCCAAAAAGGGAGCUGAUGGUGCUUGUGUUGUGAAAACCAAUCAAGCUAUUCUUAUUGGUGUUUACAAGGAAGGUAUUCAACCCGGUUCCUGUACCAAGGUUGUUGAAGGAUUGGCUGAUUAUUUGAUUGGUGUUAACUUCAAGGGAAGAUUGUUUUACUAA